UGCCCCGGCGCCGCCAUCUUGUUUACCGUCACCACAGCAACGCCCGCCAUCUUGUUUACCGUUACCACAGCAACGCCCGCCAUCUUGCUCGGCGUCUCCACCAUCAGCCCGCCCGGGCCGUGCGGGGCCAUGGCGGGCGCGGGGCGGCUGCACGACCUGGACCUCAGCGCCGAGGAAGCCGAGCGCCUCCGAGACGCCUUCCGCGACGAGAAGUUCCGCGCGCUAUUCGCCGAGUACGCGGCGGAGCUCACCGACCCGGAGCAGCGCCGGCUGUACGAGGAGGAGGUGGCGGCGCUGGAACGGGAGCGCGGCGUGGAGGUGCGCUUCGUGCACCCCUCGCCGGGCUUCGUGCUGCGGACCAGCCAGGAGGGCUCCCGCCGCUGCUACAUCAACGUGUGCAGCAACGCGAUGCUGGCGGAGCCGCAGGCCCACGCCGAGCGCGGCGGGCAGCGCUGGGCCCUGCCCUACAGCCUGGCGCCGGGCCGCGAGGAGCUGCGCCGCGGUAGCCGCCGCCGCCUCCUCUACGACGUGGUGUUCCACCCGGCCGCGCUGCGCCUGGCAGCCCGCAGCGCCCCGUUCCGCCGCCUGCUCUGCGACACGGCCCUGGACGCCGUGGAGCGGCAGUGCGGGGUGCGGCUGGACCGCGCCAACGCCGCCGUGCUGCGGGGGACCCGCUACAAGGGCGUCCCGCAGGCGCCCGUCAUCCGCUCCCCGCUGCCCGGCGGCGCCACGAAGCCGCCCGACGGCGAGGAGUCCCCGCUGCCGCCCUUCCCCUACCCCGCCCCGCCGCCGGCCGCCGGCGGGGACUCGCUGCCGCCGCCUCCCUUCCCCGCCCCGCCCGCCGCCGGAGCCGCCCCGCCCGCCGGCCCCACCACGCCGCGCUGGAGCAUCCGCCACCGCUCCUACGUGGACCUGCAGGACUACCGGCACAGCCGCGACUCGGCGCCCAGCCCGGUGCCGCGGGAGCUGGUGGUGACGGUGGAGCUGCCGCUGCUGCGCUCGGCGGCGCAGGCGGAGCUGGAGAUCCGCGGGCGGGAGCUCAGGCUGGACUCGGUCCGUCCCGCCUACCGCCUGCGCCUGCGCCUGCCCUACGCCGUGGACGAGAGCGGCGGCCGGGCCGCCUUCAACCGGGCCCAGCGGCAGCUGCAGGUCACGCUGCCCGUAGUGCCGCCGGCCCCCGGGCCGGGCGAGCCGCUGGGCGAGCCGCCGGAGGCUGGGCCGGGCGGCGGGGCCGCUCCUCCCCCGGGCCCUGAACCGCCCGCUGAACCCCCCUCUGGACCACCCCCUGAGCCACCCGCUGAAUCACCCACUGAGCCCCCCAACCCACCACCACGCUCCAGCGCCGCUCCCCCCAUCGCCAGCCCCGAGCCGGCCGUGCCCGCCGAGGACGCCCCUCCGAGCCCCCCGCCGGCCGCAGAGCGCAGCCCCGCCGGGAUGGGCGCCACGUGCCCUCCCUUCCAGGCCCGGCAGGACGAGGCGUCCCUCACCCUGCUCCUGACAGUGCCCGGCAUCCAUCCCCAGAGCCUCUGCGGGGACGUGGGCACCCACCACUACAGCCUGCGCUUCUCCACUGACAGCGGUGCCUUUGCCCUGUUCCUGCAGUUCCCUCCCGCAAACAGGCUGCUGAGCCCCGAGACCGGAGUCAGCGUCUCUGCCCACAACGUGGUUGUGGAGCUGGCCAAGGCCCCCGACAGCACCGGGCCCUGGGAGAAGUUCAGCUUCGGCCUCGACCCCUCCGCUCUGCAGGAAAGAUUGUUUGUCACUGAAGAGAACAUUGAUGGAUUUCUAGGCACUGCUUUAUGCCCUUCUUCUUGCUCCCAAUCAGCACUGGAAAGCCAGCCAUUAAUUGAAGUGCUGGAGGUUUCUGAGGACAGAAUUCAAAUCAGGAUGGAGCCACAGGAACGUGAUGGAGAAGGAACACUUGGCAGCUCAGAGGGAGACCUUGCUGGAAAGACCAACGGUGACUACCCCGAAACAAAGGCAGAAACAAACUGCCCUGCAGCUGAUGGGGAACGUGCUGCAGGAACCAACACGACUCCCACAGCUGAAACAAUAGGAAAAGUAGGUUGUAGUUCACACCAUUGUUUGGAGCACGAACCUCCUGACACCAGUUCAGCGAUUGCUGGUGAAUCUGGGAGAAAGGAACCAGAUUUAGAAAGUGCUGCCGCAGCAGGCGACACGGCCACGGCCCCAGGCUCUGCAAAACAAGGAGAGCUUCUGCCAGGGGGGCAGGAGGCAGUGGAAGGGCACAAAGAGGCUGAACCCCCAGGGCUGGACAGCAGGGCAGCCUCCCCUCUCCUACGAGAAGUGAACCUUGAGGACGGGAGCGUGCGGGUCCUCAGGGACCACGUAACGCGCUGCCCCGUCGCGUUUCAGAAUUCCUUGCUGUAUGAGUUGGAUUAGUUUAAUGGGUUUAGGAUUUCCUUCUGUUGUUUGAUGCUUUUUGUGACUUCCACAUACUAGUGGGUGACUUCAGGGCUCAGAGGUCCCCACUGGAACUGUUUCAGCAUCAAAACCUUACGUUGUUACAAUUUUUGCAGUUAAUAGAUCUGUUUUCUAAUCACAUGUAUGGGCUGAAGUAGUUUUAUUACAAGAAGGAUGCAGCUGGAAGUGAAUCUGAGCUCCUGGAAGAAAAUGUAUCUUCAUUGUUUACAUAACUUUUUUAUUCUCUUACCAGAUUUCAGGGAUUAUUUGUAUAUAUCCUUGGUCUAAUGGCUCCCUUGGGAAUUGAGCAGUAUUCAUCAUUUUUCAAACCUUUCAUUUUGUGAUAACUGCAGGAUUAGACUCGCAGUGAUUUUUAGCAAUCAAAUGAAAUUUCUAAUUACCCGGAGAAGUUCUAAUUAGUCUCCUAGAAAUAAUCAACAUCUACACCCUGUAUUCCAUCCUAGUGCAGUGCUUUGCAGCACCCAGACAUCCCCCAGCUGAACGAAUUCCAUUGCACAGUAACAACAUCCUCUGGGUGCACGUGUGCUGUGAAGUAUUUACAAUUUGGGAGACGGAUUCACUUUAUCCAGAUUUAUUUUCACAGUUUCCCUCGAGUUUCCACGUGCUCGUUGCUGGUUCACCUCUCUGAAGUGCCAUAACCAAAAGAACACAUCUAAUAAUAAACUUCCAGUUCCCUUUC